AAAGCGGAAAUCUUGAUGCGCGGUUUUCAGCUGACUGUGCUCACGUCAGAACGGGCGGAUUUCUGUUCAAAAUUUAUGGAAUCUGGUAAACAUUAAUCCCACAACACAGAUUAUCAAUCUGUCAGAAACGCCCAGUCCCACAUGCGAACAUGCCCCGCAGAAAGAGAACCACAGGCAGCAGUUCGGAUGGGACGGAGGACUCUGAUUUCUCCGCCGAUCUGGAGCCAGCCGAAACCGUGGGCAAAGCGCAGCGACGUAACAGCACCCGCCUGACUCGAACAUCCCUUCGUCUCAGCCAAAGCAUGCAGGAUAACUCCAGCAGAGUGCGAAGCAGUUCUCCUGCAGCGGUGGGCCCUGAAGAAGGUUUGGAUGCAGCAGCAGCCUCUGUGUUUUCCUCAGGACGAAGGAUCACGCGCAGCCAGCAGGGGGCGACAAAUACUGCAGCCAAAAAAUACCCACUUCGUCAAGGCAGGUCAUCCGGGUUAGAUGUGGAGCCUCACGCAGAAAUAAAGCAGGCGGCAGACAACGACGAGACCCCUCCCCGCACGCCGACAGGCAACGCUCCAUCUUCAGAGUCAGACAUUGAGCUUUCCAGCAACGGGAACGACCGUGUGUCUUCCAGCAACGAUGUCAUAGUUUCUCAAGAAGAGGACGAGAGAUUGGCGAAGGAGCUUUCGCUCAAAGAGGCCGCCGCUCACGACCUUUCCCACCGGCCCAAACGGCGGCGCUUCCAUGAGAGCUAUAACUUCAACAUGAAGUGUCCCACACCUGGAUGUAACUCACUGGGUCACCUGACAGGAAGACAUGAGAGACACUUCUCCAUAUCAGGAUGCCCUCUUUACCACAACCUUUCAGCUGAUGAGUGCAAGGGCAAAUCAUCAAGUCGUGAGAAACAAGCCGAGGAAAGGACACUGUCCCAUCGUCAAGACGAGAAUAGACACUCCACAAGAAGCCAGGCCCCAACAGAUUGUCAGCUGCGCUACAAAGAGAAGGUGACUGAGCUGAGGAAGAAGAGGAACUCUGGCCUCAACAAGGAGCAGAAGGAAACCUACAUGGAUCAUCGUCAGAGCCACGGGACCAACCGUGAGCCACUGCUGGAGAACAUCACCAGCGACUACGACCUGGACUUGUUCAGGAAAGCGCAGGCACGUGCCUCGGAGGACCUUUCCGCACACCCUCCUCUGCAGCCUCAGGAGGAGUCUGAAAUAUUCUUGGAGAAGCUUCGUCUGGAAGGUCAGGUGUCAGAAGGGAGCAACAUGAUAAAGAUCAUUGUGUUCGGCCGCUACGAACUGGACACAUGGUACCACUCGCCAUACCCGGAGGAAUAUGCACGCUUGGGGAGGCUGUACAUGUGUGAAUUCUGCCUUAAGUAUAUGAAGAGCCAGACCAUCCUGCGGAGACACAUGGCCAAGUGUGUUUGGAAGCAUCCCCCAGGCGAUGAAAUCUACAGAAAAAGCAACAUCUCAGUCUUUGAGGUGGACGGCAAGAAGAACAAGAUUUACUGUCAGAACCUGUGUCUUUUGGCCAAACUCUUUCUGGACCACAAGACUUUGUAUUAUGAUGUGGAACCUUUCCUUUUCUACGUGAUGACAGAGGCUGACAACACAGGGUGCCACUUGGUGGGGUAUUUCUCGAAGGAGAAAAACUCUUUCCUCAACUACAAUGUGUCCUGCAUCCUCACCAUGCCCCAGUACAUGAGGCAAGGCUACGGCAAGAUGCUUAUAGACUUUAGUUAUCUAUUGUCGAAGGUGGAAGAGAAAGUUGGCUCACCAGAGCGGCCCUUAUCUGACCUGGGCCUUAUCAGCUAUCGCAGUUACUGGAAGGAGGUGUUGUUACGCUACCUGAACAACUUUCAGGGGAAAGAAAUCUCCAUUAAAGAGAUCAGCCAGGAGACGGCAGUAAACCCUGUGGACAUUGUCAGCACACUGCAGUCCCUCCAGAUGCUCAAAUACUGGAAAGGCAAACACUUGGUUUUAAAGCGACAGGACCUUAUUGAUGACUGGAAAGCCAAGGAGCGUAAACGUGGUUCGGGUAAAACCAUCGACCCCGCAGCCUUAAAGUGGACACCACCGAAAGGAACGUAGAAGAACUUCAACACAGCACACAUCGUCUUCUGCACACACACACAAACACACACAAAUAUUCACCCUGUUUUUGGUCACUUCCAGCAGCUUCUUACAAUGUUGGUCCAGGUUUGCCACUCAUUCUAAUUAUUAGCACAGUAUGCUAUACUUUUUGGCUCGCUGGUUACUGCAUUCAAUCACUGGCCUACAUAAGAAAUAUAGGAAAUAAAACUUGCAGUAGUGUCAGCUUACGUCAACCUGUGCUAAAAUUCCAUUCCAUUUCCUAAAAUAGAACAUGUUUUUCAUAAAAGUAACACGCUUGAGCUCUGACUGGAAAAAACUUGAAAGUUACCAUAAUUUCCGGUGUAUAACCCACUCCUUUUUUCUUAAACAUUGAACCCUGCAGUGCGGCUAGUUCGAAUCUCAUCACGGAAACAAUCGCUUUUUCUUUGGCAGGAGCCAAUCGGGAACUAUCAGUGAACAAGCUUGGCGGAAAUCACAGGAAGUCAUUACUCAGUAUAACAGUGUGACUCACUCUAUCUUACAGUCAACGCUAAACUCAUCACACAGCAGCUUAACACUCAAGAAGUACCGAGGAAAUAUAUAUAUUUUAACAUUUUUCCAUAAUGCAUUUCGUCUAAGCAAAGCAUUUCAGUGGUGCCUGCCGGGGUGCUGCAAUGAUGUCAGUCUCCCUCUGGGCUCCUCUGGCUCCCCGUGGCGGACAGUGGCAGCAUUGCAGGGCCUUGGCAGCCAUCCACCCAUCCAUUUUCAAUGUUGUUUUAUAUUUUUUAUUUUAAACUCGUUCUGGUACUUGUAUAUUUCUUAGCUAGAUUGUGGGUGUUAAGUUGCUGUGUGAUGAGUUUAGCGUUCUUUGUAAGAUGACAACGUCAUUCUGACUGUUAUAUUGAGUAAUGACCUCCUCUCCUGUGAUUUUCCAAUGGAUUGAUAAGCUAGCCAUGCCACAAUAUGCCUGCUUCUUGUCCGGCUUGGCUUAUAUAAGUACAAAUCUGUUUUUCUUUCUAAAUUUAGUGGGUACGGCUGCGUUUUAUACACCGGAAAUUUUGGUAUUCAUUGCUUUGAAAGUUUAAAAAAACAAUGAUUGCCUCAUCCAAAAAUUGUGUUUGAUUUAAUCUUUCAAAAGGAUGCUUGUUUAGGUGAUGAAGAGAAGAAAUGUAAAAAAAAUGUAAAAGAAUGUGAAGAUAUACUGUAGAUAAACCUGUUAUAGCUAUAGCUGCCAUUGGCCUUAUUUGGACUCUUUUAUGUCUUCAAGAUGGGACCUGCCUUCAUUUUUUCUUUUGUGUUUAACUUAAAGUCGAUUUAGUUUUCCCUCUCUAAUUUUACUAUUUAAUCAAUUUCUACCUCUUUGGGUUUACCACUGUAUAAAUGUCGAAAUAUACGCCUAUUUUCCCCUCCUAUUGUGUGAAAUUGUCAUGUGCAGACCCUUUUUUAAAAUUAGAAAUGUUUAUUUAUAUAGUUAAGUCAUUUGUAAAGUGUAGAAAAGGUUUGUUAGAAGAUGCUUCCAUGUUAAUAUAAUAACUAUUGUUUCAAUAUGUUAUGCUUUUUCAUUUGUUGCUGCAAACACUUUGGGACUGAAACGAGUUCAAAAUGUUUUUCUGCACAUUUUUUUGUUUUCUUUGACUGGGAUUGAACGUAUUUUAAUGAUGUGGGAAGAUUUAGUGCAAAAUAGGUUGAUUGACACAAUAACAGGCAAUUGGCAACUUAGCUUAUGUUAUUUAAUCUUAGCUUAGCUUAGCUUAGAGUAGGCAGGAAAUAAUCUUUAUAAAGAUAGAUAGACUCCCUUUAUUGUCAUUGCACAAAAACACAGUAGUGAAAUUGCUAACGAAAUGUCGUUGCCUGGCUCCCAUAUAAUAACAGACACAAAAGAAGAUAAGUAAUAAUAAAUAAUAAUAAUGUGGAGAAUAAAUAGAUAGAAUAGACACCAAAUAUGAACAACAUAAUGUAAAGUGCAGCGUGAACAGUAAAUUGCCCAAAUAAUUUAAAUAAAUAAUAAUAGUAUAAGUAAAGGUAGAGGGGCUUAUUUGCUUAUUGUUAAAUAACUUACUAAUGAAACAAUUAAUAUAUUAUGUUUUAUUCGUCCUAGUCUUUUUCAGUGCUAAUGCUAAGCUAAGCUAACGGUUAGCACUUUCCAGUAACCUUAUUAACGUUCUAUAUGACGUCUUCAAAUGUACUAAAUUGUUAUUUUGUGGUGAUGUAAUGGUACACAUUUUUGACAUUUCUACUAGCUGAGGCUGUGGUUCGAUUCCCAGCCUGGGUUGUGUCAGGAAGGGCAUCCGGCAUAAAAAAAAUCCAACAAUUCACUUGCUGUGACGACCCUUGCUGACAUUCAGACCCCUGUAACUGCUUUUAUUUUCAAAACUUCCCCAAAGUUUGAUGACCACAUUCCAUAGGGGAAUAGGGAAGGUAUACAAAGUGCGGUCUAGGGGACAUUUGUGCACAGACAAGAAAAAUACCCAAUAAUGAUUUUGCCAUCUGCUGUAUGAAUAACAGCAAAAAAAUAUAAAAUGGCCUUAGCAUUACUUAUUUUUUCAGUAUGUGGCCCUCUGUGGAAAAAAAAAAGUCUAACCUCUGCUGAUUUAGUCUUUUUGUGGCUCUGAAUUAUGGAGCAUUGGCUUUGGUAUUGGCUGAGCCAAUGGCAGCUAUGGACCAGCAACUACAAAAUUUAGCUUUGGGCAUUAACCCAUCUUAGUGGACAUGGAACCAUUGUGUACGUUUUCACAAACCACCAGCGAGACGUUGUGAUCCGGCGUCUCCAAGCACCUUGCUUCGACACAACACAGCAACAAUCCACAACGUAGCUUAGCGUCAAUGUUUAGCUCUGUUGUGCUUUUGUACGAGCUUCUGCCUUUUGCUUCCUCUUCAAUAAACCUGAAACACUGA